CCAAUCCAUGAAGGCAAUAAGUAUACAUCAAAAGCAAUGGCACCCCACUGAUGAGAAGAUCAGAAAGAGAUUCGUGUCACAGCACCAUGCUUGGCUGCGGGGUAAGAAAGAACGUUAACCGAUCUGGCCGAGGCAAACGUCUAUCCCUCACCGGAACGUAUAGAUGGACGGUCAGGAUAUAGGUCGAUGUCGAUGCCAGCGCCAUUUCCAGUCCUAGAUACGCAGUACUUCAGUAUACCAGGAAAUCAGAAAAGCCGUUUGAUCGUCAAGUUCGUAAGCAGUUGACCAAAACCAACAUGUCCACCACUGCCAUCACAAUCCCAGCGUCCUACGAGACCCAGCCCAUGCAACACAUCAAGCUCUCGCACCAUCCCGCAGGCGCAUCCGCCGCAACCCCCGUCAUCCUCGUCACGCUGAACAGACCCGAAAAGCGCAAUGCGUUCACGGGCACCAUGGCCACGGAGCUGGAAUGGGCCUUCACGACCCUCGACCGCGACGAGCGCGUCAAGGUCAUCGUCCUGACCGGCGCAGGCGACACCUUCUGCGCGGGCGCCGACCUGGACAUCGGGUUUCCGGACAACAGGCAGGAGCGGCCAAUUGAUCAUCGGGAUAGCGGCGGCAGAGUCGCCCUCGCCAUCCACCGAUGCCGCAAAACCACCAUCGCCGCCAUGCAAGGCUCCGCCGUGGGCGUCGGCAUGACCAUGACCCUCCCUGCGACCAUUAGACUCGCCCACCAAGACAGCAAAUACGGCUUCGUCUUCGCCCGCCGCGGCAUCACCAUGGAAUCCUGCUCGGCGUACUUCCUCCCGCGCCUGAUCGGCUACUCGCGGGCCAUGUACCUCGUCGCCACGGGCCAGGUCUUCGCCCCGACCGCGCCGCAUUUCGACGGCCUCUUUGCCGAGACCUUCCCGCAGCGGGCACAGGUGCGCACGCGGGCGCUGGCGCUGGCGGACGAGAUCGCGCGGAACGUCAGUCCCAUGGCCGCGGUGCUAAAUCGCGCGCUCAUGUGGCGGGGUCCCCGCUCGGCGGAGGAGGCGCAUCUCUUGGAUUCGAGUAUUCUGGCGCAUAUGUUUGCUUCGGAGGACCAGAGAGAAGGGGUCCGAGCCUUCUUGGAGAAGAGAAAGGCUGAUUUUCGUGCGACGCUCGAGGAGCACGGUCCGGAGAAUUAUCCUUGGUGGGCUGAGGUGCACGUUGAUCGGAAGCCGGCUGCUGUCGGGGAGGCGAAAUUGUAGGCUGUUCAUGAGAAACUAGAACUGGGCAUUUGUGCGCAAAGCGGCUGAAGGCAAGGGAAACAAGGCAGACUAGCAAUUCGGGAAGGUAGUAAAAGAAGAAAUCCAUUUCAAUCGCUCACGGAUACUCAAUAUUCAUACAAUCAAAUCCACCAGAACUCAAAAAGUCCCGUACGGA